CAGCUAUGUAGGCUGCGAAUUUGGUGAACAGCGAUUACAUAAUCAGUAAUCUGUACUACUGAUGGAUGCUGACAUUUCUUGAUGUUUCAUGAACACUUUAUUCACUAAUUUAAUGCACCUGCGAAUGUCUGGAACAAAAUUUUACAUGGACACCAUCCAAUGUGGAAUUGAUUAAUGCCUUCAUGCUCCAGAGGUGAUCCAUGCUAGGGAAUAUACCAGCAAUCGUUUAUAUAGGGCAAUGAUUUUUCCCAAUCAGACGGAGGUUUCAGUUCUGAUGCCGAAGCGAUUAGUUUGUUUUUCUUGUAUAGGCAGUUCAAGCUUUGAUAUAUUUGAUACAUCCUAUAAUGUGCUGUGUUCAAUUUUGGCUCAACAUUGUUUGAUAUGUGAAUCGACCAAUAACGACAUGAGGUCUUUGAGAGAUGUGAACAAAGCUGCUUCAACUAUUCCGACUGGGACAAGUUCAACCAAAAUAUUAUCUCGUCGCAAAAGGUUCCUUGUGUUCCCCGAGGGUUCAAGUUUUUCGAUGGCUGUCUGUAUGGGCAUUGGUAUCUAUGGAAAUCCAAAUUAUAAUAUGUUCAGUUGGGCUCUGAAUUGGGGAGUUGCAUACAAUUUACCCAACCAAACGAUAAGUUUCCAAGACGAGCUGAUGGAAUCCAAACCAGUUGCACAGCGAAGACAUCGACGUGAUUUGUAUUACAAAUUAGAGGUCGCCAUGAAUGACAUGGGCUACAAUGGCCGGGAGUGCGUUUUACGAGCGCUGUGCGAAAGUAAGCAAUCAUUCGGGAAGAAAGGAUCAAACAUGAUCACGGAGAUACUACGAACGAUGUUCAGUUUUCCAAAAUCUAAAGUGUUGUCCUCUGAGCACAACGAGACCCGAACCUACGACGAGGCUCAUCGGAUAGGUAGGAACAAGGUGAUAUGCAAUUCACUGUACCCUUCCUGUGGGUUUUCGCUUAUAGACCUUGCGCUAGGAAAGUAUUCAAACCCUCACCAUUUGACGUAGAUCAAAAGACAGUCCUUUCUCAGCUAUACAAUUUAAUUUAGGCCUAUUCUUGAAAUCACGACACGGUUCUAUAGCAGUUGCAUUCGGUGAUGAUUUUCUUUAAAUUUUACUCGUUUUGUUUUUCUUUCAAAAAGUGUCAUUUUUGUCAUUUGAUUUUUUUUUGUCUUUAGUAAGUUAUUAAUAAUUAGUGCCAGUAAAUGUAAUUCAUUAUAAACAAAUAUUUAAAAAAAGCUUUCGCUCUCUACCAAUUGAAGGUUUGUUGUCGUCAUUUUCGAGGUGGAUGUUCGAUUGUGGCUCUCAAUAAUACAAUAAACAGCUAG